AUGGGGGUUGCGGGCGAAAAGCUGGGAAGUGGGGUGCGAGGGUGCAUAGGGGAGAGAAGGGAGUGCAGGGAGGGUAGGCUGGGGGCAUCUGUGUUUGGGUACAGUGACGCGUACAGGCCCUACCGUGCCUACGUGCUCCGCUUGAGAGGCCGCCUGCCUGCCAUGCCCCGCCACUCCGCACACCACACUGCCUGCUGCGCCCCUGGGCAGCAACAGGGGGAGGGGCGGGAAAGGACGUGUGAGGAGAAGCAGCAGCAACAAUAUUUCAAUCAGCAGCUGUGUGACUGGUGGCGUGGGAGAGUGGCACGUGUGCCCCCUGUGUACAUGGCAGUGUGUGACGUGGCACAAGCGUAUGACACGAUUCCGCACGCAAAGCUCUUGGAAGUCAUGCAGGAGUUUGUUGAAACCCCGGCCUACAUUGUGCGGCGCUUCUCUGCCAUCUCGCCACGAGCCAACGGCCUCAUCACUCCCAGGUCCCACAGAGCAGCCAUGCCCAUGGCCUUGCCCAUGCCCGUUUCCAUGGCACCUGAACAUCCAUGUGCUGCAGUGACACCUGCGACUGUUGGAUUUGCCAUGGCAAGAGCAGCAGCUGAUGAGGUGCAAGGGGCAGCAGCAAGGGAGGCAGUUGAAGCAGCGGAUUCAACUGCAGCAACACAGGCAACAGCAGUGCCACCAGCGGCAGCAGCAGCAGUGGUGGCCGUGAGGCCGUGGCAGCAGCAGCAGCAGCAGGCAUGUGUGCCGUGGUGGUGCCUUGUGCAGGCGAGGCAAUCAGGGGCUUGUAUUGUGGAGGAUAAGGGCCUGACGUCCCUGUGGCGUCGCGACCACAUCCUGCAGCUGCUGCGGCGCCACAUCAGCUGCCACGUCAUCAGGGCCGGGCGGCAGUUCUUCUUGCAGCAAACGGGCAUCCCCCAGGGCUCGGUGCUGUCUGCGCUGCUGUGCUCUCUCUUCUACGCUCAUCUGGACCGCUAUGUGCUCCUCCCCUCACUCACACCACUUGCCCUGGGCGCUCUGCCGCCACCGGAGGAGAGGGUGUAUGAGGAGGAGGUGGGGGAUGGUGGGGAGAUGGCGCAGGGCUGGGAGGCGAAGCGGCGGUUCAUACGGUGGGCGGGACUGCUGGUGAACUGCAGUACGCUGGAGGUGCAGGCAGACUACACCAGGUACUGGGGCACAGACAUGGCUACGGCAGUAACAGUGAGUUUCUGCGAUCCCCCCUCCACGGCGAUACCCACGAAGCUGCGGCAGUUCCUGCGCCCCAAGUGCUGUGCCCUGCUGCUGGACCCGGCCAUCAACAGCCCCCCCACGCUGCUCGUCAACGCGUACCAGGCGCUGCGCCUCGCUGCCAUCAAGCUCACCGCCUACUGCCGCGCCCGCCGCCUCUCCCCCGCUGCUGCUGCCUGCACGCCGCGCUCUCGCUGCCACACAACUGUGCCUCGCACGGGUCAUCUUCGUGCCACGCACAGAAGGAUGGGGCAGAGCAAGGCCGGGGAGGAGAAGCCAUGGAAGAAAAAGAGGGGUGGGGCCUCUCUUGCUGCGCGGGGUCCAUGUGUGUGCCAUGUACAGGCCCAGUUCUUCACCCAUGCGAUUAUCUCCGCUAUCAACUACUAUGCAGGGCUCAUUCGAUUGCGGCUGGAGGCAGCAUCCAAGGAAGUGGGAGAACCCAUCCCAUGCAUAUUCACUGCCAACAUCGUCACCUUCCUGGGCCUCUCCGCGUUCACCAUGGUUUUCAAUGCAAAGCGCGGUGUGUGGAAGGGCGUGGUUGUGCAGCUGCAGGAACGGCUGCGAAGCAGGGAGAUGGCAGCAGUAAGGGAUGACCCUGUGGUCAAGCAGGCCUUGCAUCCCAGCAGACACUCUGUCUUUGAACAAAUCCGCUUCUAA